AGCCACGGACAAAGAAAGCCCAGAUAAAACUACAAAACAACAACAACAGAAGAACCCAAUGCAACACCUAAGGGCACCUUGUCUUUCAACCUCGGUUUCAGAGACACAUCCGACCAGACACCUGACCUCUCCCGGGUCGACCCCUCGAUCCAGAUGUCACACCUUACGCGUUCAUUUGUACUCGUACCUUUCCUUCUAGGAACGGCCAAUCAGGCGCAGCCGGGAAAAAGGCCAAGCUGGAGUCCGGCCGGUGACGUCAUCAUCAGGAGGAGUCGCCCCCCCACCCCCCCCCCCCCCCGCUUUCCUCAGGGGCCCCCCGUCGCGGGGUCGCCAUGGGCGACGGGGCCAAGGCCGACCCGGGGAGCCACGACGCCCAUGAGCUGUUUGACGAGCUAGUCGGGGCCACCACCUGCAGGGCCACUCUGAGGGCCUUCGGCCUGCUCUGUGACCACCUGGGGGUCCCUGGAGGGGGGGCGGUCCCCGGGGCCCCCCGGCAGUGGCCCUUCUACCACACGGUCAAGCACCGGCUGAACUACUGGAAGGCCAACGCACUCUGGGCCAAGCUGGACAAGAGGGCGGCGCUGCCCGAGUACAUGACGGGCCGGGCCUGCGCCGGCACCACGUGUGUGGUCAUAGGGGCGGGGCCGGUGGGGCUCCGGACGGCGGUGGAGCUGGCCUUCAUGGGGGCCCGCGUGGUGCUGGUGGAGAAGAGGGACGCCUUCUCCCGCAACAACGUCCUCCACCUGUGGCCCUUCACCAUCCACGACCUGCGCGGCCUGGGGGCCAAGAAGUUCUACGGCAAGUUCUGCGGCGCCUCCAUCGACCACAUCAGCAUCCGUCAGCUGCAGCUGAUCCUCCUGAAGGUGGCGCUGUUGUUAGGGGUGGAGGUCCACGUCAACGUGGAGUUCAAACAGCUGGUGGAGCCGCCGGGGAGCCAAGAGCGCCACAAGGCAGGCUGGAGGCUGGAGGUUUAUCCCAAGACUCAUCCGGUCGGCCAGCUCGAUGUGGACGUCGUUAUUGGCGCGGACGGACGACGGAACACACUUCCUGGGUUCAAGCGCAAGGAGUUCCGCGGGAAGCUGGCCAUCGCCAUCACGGCUAACUUCAUGAACCGCCACACCACGGCAGAGGCCAAGGUGCAGGAGAUCAGUGGCGUGGCCUUCAUCUUCAACCAGAGGUUCUUCCAGGAGCUGCGGCAGGAGACCGGCAUUGAUCUGGAGAACAUAGUGUACUACAAGGACGACACGCACUACUUUGUGAUGACGGCCAAGAAGCAGAGUCUGCUGGAGAAAGGGGUCAUUCUGCAGGACCACGCGGACACGGAGCUCCUGCUGUCCCGCGGGAACGUGGACCAGAAUGCAUUGCAGGCGUACGCCCGCGAGGCGGCGGGCUUCUCCACGGGCCACCGGCUGCCCAGCCUGGACUUCGCCAUGAACCACUACGGCCAGGCGGACGUGGCCAUGUUCGACUUCACCUGCAUGUACGCCUCGGAGACGGCGGCCAUGGUGCGCCGGAGGCACGACCGGCCCCUGCUGCUCACGCUGGUGGGGGACAGCCUGCUGGAGCCCUUCUGGCCCAUCGGGACGGGCAUCGCCCGCGGCUUCCUGGCCGCUCUGGACUCGGCCUGGAUGAUCCGCAGCUGGGCCCAGGGCUCCGCCCCCCUGGAGGCGCUGGCCGCCAGGGAGAGUGUGUACCGCCUGCUGCCCCAGACCACUCCGGAGAACAUGCACAGGAACAUCAGCCAGUACACCGUGGACCCGGGCACGCGCUACCCCAACUACAACGCUCAGCUCAUCAGCCCCGCGCAGGUGAAGCACCUGGUCCACACGGGAGAGGAGCCCCAGGUGGAUGUGGACUCCCUCGUUCGCUCCCCUCCCCCCAGACUGCUCAGACAAGAGUCCUUCUCCCGCUCCAACAAGCUGCUGGCCUGGUGCCAGGAGCAGACCCGGGGGUACCGGGCCGUUGCCGUGGGCGACCUGACCACCUCCUGGAAGAGCGGGCUGGCGCUGUGCGCCCUGAUCCACCGCCACCGCCCCCACCUCAUUGACUUUGACUCCCUGGGGGAGUCGGACGCGGAGGCCAACGUGCGGCUGGGCUUCAGCGUGGCCCAGCGGGAGUUGGGCAUCGCUCCCCUCAUGACGGCCGAGGAGAUGUGUUCCGCCGAGGAGCCCGACUCCCUCUCCAUGGUCAUGUACCUCAGCCAGUUCUACCAGCUGCUCCGGGAAACGCUGCCCCCUGGUGGUUCUCUGUCUCAGAGUGCUGACUUCAGAUCUGCUCUCCUGGCCCCCGCUUCCCUCCUGAGCCGGCUGGGCCACAGUCCGUCACGCAAACGCAACCCCAGGGAGAAGAAAGACGCCCUGUGGAAGAGGAGGAGGACGAGCCGUCCGUGCCUGGACGAACUAGAGCAUGACGACGCCGCCGGUUACCACGACGACCAGGGCCCAGAGGAGGGGUUUGUGGGCGGGUCCGGGCGCUCCAGGGUGCGUCUCAUGGCCAAUCAGCUGCAGGCCAGACUGGAUGUCGACGCCUCCUCCUGCCAAAGCCCCGCCUCCUCGGACGCCGCGCAACGACGGCUGGGGCAGUGCCUCCCCAGCCCGCCCUAUGGCUCAGAGGCCCUCGACUCCCCGUCUCUGGAAGAGGCGGUGGAGGACGCCGCCAAGUUCCCCGGGGAGGCCUGGAGGCCGAAAAAACGCACACAGCAACAGGAGCAGAUGAGUUUUCGAUUCAAAGAGAAGAUCAAGGGUCACACUCCGUUACCUGCUGUUGGAAAGCAGAACUUCGUCCGGAUGUACACCGAGGGAGUGAGCUCCAUGGCCGAGCAGAUAACCAAUCAGAUUCAAAGCCAGGAGCCGGCGUCGCCGGGGGCGACGGCUGUGUCGGCGGGGGCCAGCGGCGUGUGCUUCUUCUGCAGCCAGCGGGUGUACGUGAUGGAGCGUCUGAGCGCGGAGGGGCUGUUCUUCCACCGCAGCUGCUUCCAGUGCGACCACUGCCGCACCACCCUGCGCCUGUCCUCCUACGCCUGGGACGCGGCCGGAGGGAGGUUCUACUGUCUGCAGCACUACGACAGACGCAGUGGGGGUCCCGUCCUGAGGAAGAGAGCCGCGCUCAGCAUGUCCUCCGUCUCUCACCGGACCUCCAUAGGGUCCCUGCAGAAGACCUCCUCCACGGACAGCCUGCACCCCGCGGCCCCUGGGGGGCCCCUACUGGGGGACCGCAGAGCCUCAGUGGCUUCUCUGACCGAGGGGGCCAAGAGGGCGCGGGGCCCCCCCGGGGAGCGCAUCGAGCUGGCCAACUACCGGCCCCUGGCCCCCAGCACCAACGGGCUCACGGCGGCGGCGGUGGCAGCGGUGGCGAGGGGGGCGGAGCCUGUGUCGGGGCGUAAGCGUGCGAGCGGCGGGGACGUCUGCGCCCUGACGGAGGAGGAGGUGCCGGAGGAGGUGCCGGAGGAGACGCUGGCCCGCUACAACCUCAGCCUGCCGGGGGCGAGGAGGAGCGCCGGGGGAUCCAGCUCUGAGUCGGAGAUGGACGAGGGGAAGGAGGGCGAACGAGGGGCGUCAUGGCGACGGCUCAUGGAGCUCCACGCCGGGACGAGAGGAGGAGGAGACGACGAAGGGGACCGGGAGGACGACGAAGACGAGGAGGCGGAGGACGGGGAGGAGGAGGAGGGGGAGGUGGACGAAGAGGACGAAGGGGACUACGGCAGCGAGCCGGAGUCCAGUGACGAGGAGGAGUCGGCUCCUCCUGCUCCCAAGACGCACUCCACUCGGGGAGGAAGUGACAUCACGUACACUCACACACGGGACAACCCCCACCCGGAACCCGACUCCACCACCACCACCACCACCACCACCACCACCCUGGACCUCCUCAUCCCGGGUCACAUCCGCUCCUUCGCCUCCAUCGGCUCCUCCCCUCUCACCCUUGGCUCCUCCCACCUCACCCUGACGCCGACGCCCACUGCGGCGGCGUCGACCCCCGAGCGCUCCUCGGGCCUGUGCUCCUCCCUCCUCUCCUCCUCCUCCUCCUCCUCCAACGUCACCUCGUCCUCGGGGGGGGCCGGGGUCGGCGGCCCCCCCGCGCGGGGCAGCAGCAGCAGCAGCUCCGGCGUGGGCGUCGACAGCGGCUCCAGCGACACCGCCGUCGCCACGCCGACCGCCUCGCUCCCUCCCCGGGGGCGGGGCCUAGACCGCCCGGACCCCCCCUGCCGGUGUUCCCCGCCCUGGCCCUGCGUUGCGGGGGGGUCCGCCGCGACCCCGACGGGAGCGAGGUCGGCGUGGGGGGGGGCGUGGCCUCUGAGGAGGCGGGCUCCGCCCUCUGCUCCUCCUUCGCCGCCUCCUCCCUGGAGCUGCUCCGUCAGGAGAGGGGCGCCCGGGAGGAGCGGGGGAUGAGGGAGGGGGGGCGGGGG